AUGAAUUUCAAAUUAACGCCAGUUGGAACCACAAUUUUUAAUGGAUUUGCGGGUAAAGGUGCUGAAGACAUAGAUGAUGGUCCUAAUGGCCAGAUUGAAUAUUUUAUCAAAUUCAACCCAAAUGACACAGCCUCCAACCAGACCUUUGACAUUCCCCUCACACUGUCUGGAGCAGUUGUGUUACGGCGCAGGCUGAAUUAUGAGGAAAAGACACGGUAUUAUGUCAUAGUACAAGCUAAUGAUCGUCCCCUUAAUCUUAAUGAAAGGAGGACAAGUACAACUACUUUGACAGUGGAUGUUCUUGAUGGUGAUGAUCUUGGUCCUCGAUUUCUUCCCUGUCAACCUGUGCCAAAUACACGUGAUUGUCGACCAUUAACUUACAGAGCAAGCCUUCCAGAACUCAACCCUCCAGCAAAAGUGAAUCCCCUUAAUGUCACCCCACCUAUAAAAGCUGAAGACCAAGAUCGGGAUAUUCAACCAAUCUCUGAUCAACCUGGCAUCCUAUUCUCUAUCCUUGUUGGCACUCCAGAGGAUUAUACUGAAUAUUUCCAUAUGAAUCGUACCACCGCUGUGCUGACACUCCUAAAGCCAGUAAAUAGAGAUUUGCACCAGAAAUUUGAUUUGGUUAUUAAGGCUGAGCAAGACAAUGGUCAUCCACUUCCAGCAUUUGCUAACCUUCACAUUGAAAUUUUGGAUGAAAACAACCAAGCUCCUUAUUUCACAUUGGCUACAUAUCAAGGCUUCAUACUAGAGUCUUCUCCUGUGGGAACAACAAUCUCUGACAAUCUAAAUUUAACUGCUGCACUAAAAUUUGUAGCUUUGGAUAAUGAUAUUGAAGAGACAAAAGAUCCCCAGCUCUAUCUGUAUUUAACAGACUACAGUACAGUGUUCGCCGUAACCUCAUCAGGAAUUACUCGCCAUCUCACGCUGCUUCAGCCAGUUGACCGUGAACGUCAGCAGAUUUAUAAAUUCUCGGUAAUUGCAUCUGAUGGAACCCAAGAAAGUACUCCAGUAAAUGUCAACAUUGUGGUUAUAGAUGCAAAUGACAACACUCCAACAUUUUCUAACAUCUCCUAUAAUGUCAAGAUUUAUACAGAUAUGGCACCAGGAGAGAAUGUUUUAAGACUCACAGCUGUGGAUGCAGAUGAAGGAACUAAUGGGCAGAUCACAUAUGAAAUCCUAGCUGGAGCUCAGGGGAAGUUUGUCAUUCAUAACAAGACUGGUGUCAUAACUAUUAGUCCAGGAGUCACAUUGACAGUUGGGGAGUCAUAUGCUCUGACAGUAAAGGCAUCUGAUAAUGCCCCUCCUGCUCAAAGAAGGAGUUCCAUCACCACUGUUUAUAUUGAAGUACUCCCACCAAACAACCAGAGUCCUCCACGCUUUCCACAAUUGAUGUACAACCUGGAAAUCAGUGAAGCCAUGCGUAUAGGUGCUAAUCUUUUAAAUCUUCAGGCUACAGACAGAGAAGGAGAUCCUAUUACAUAUUUAAUACAAAAUGGAGACCCUCAGAAAGUUUUUAAUCUGACAGUAAGCUCUGGAUUCUUAAUCUUGGCAAAAUCUCUAGACAGGGAAAGUACAGACCGUUACAUUUUGAUAGUUACAGCUUCAGAUGGCCAGCCUGAUGGAACAUCAACUGCAACUGUUAAUGUGCUGGUGACGGAUGUGAAUGACAACAACCCAGUCUUUGAUCUUUACUUGCCCAGAAAUCUCUCAGUCCAAGAGGAAGAAGUGAAUGCUUUUGUGGGUCAAGUCAGGGCUACCGAUCCUGAUGCUGGAGUCAAUGGUCAAGUUCGUUACAGUCUUGGAAAUCUUAAUAACGUUUUUCGGAUCACCUCCAAUGGAAGUAUUUAUACAUCUGUAAAGCUGGAUAGGGAAGUAAGAGACUAUUAUGAGCUAAUUGUGGAGGCAACAGAUAGUGCACCUGCUGAUCCUCGUCGGUCUACAAUAACUCUUGCAAUCAAAGUUACUGAUAUUGAUGACAACAGCCCUGUCUUUACAAAUGCUUCUUAUUCCGUGUCUGUUCCAGAAAACAUGAUGACAGGGACAAUCUUUCUGCAAGUACAGGCAAAGGAUGCUGAUCUUGGUGCUAAUAUUACAUAUCGGAUAAGAUCGCAGGAAGUUUUGCAGCUGUUUACAAUGAACUCAUCAACGGGAGAGCUAUCUCUGUUAAAACCUCUUGACUUUGAAUCAUUCACAGGAAAGGAGGCAGUGUAUGUCUUUCUUGUUGAGGCUUUUGAUGCCGCAGGAAGCAUGCCCCCUGGAAUUGCUACUGUAACAGUUAGAGUAAAGGAUAUGAAUGAUUUCUCACCUGUGUUUAGUCGAGCACUCUACUGGGGAAUGGUGGCUCCAGAUGCCCUAAAGGGCACAGUGAUAGUAGCCGUUACAGCUGAAGAUUAUGAUCCUCCGGGUACACCAGCAAGUCAUGUCAGAUAUAAAGUAGAUGUUACCCAGUUUCCAUACAGUGCCAGCAUAUUUGAUGUGGAAGAAAACACUGGUCGUGUCAUAACAAGAGUCAAUCUUAAUGAGGAUCCUAGCACUAUAUUCAGGUUGUUUGUCAUUGCUUACGAUGAUGGAGAUCCAGUGAAGUCUAACAGUACAAUGGUAAUAAUUACAGUUCUGCAGCCAUCUGUAAUUCCACGAUUUACUCAAGAAGAAUACAGACCACCUCCAGUGAGUGAAGCUGCUCCAAUUGGGACCACUGUUACUGUGGUAAUGGCUGCAGCGUUAAACCAGACUAUUGUGUAUGCAAUCAUCUCAGGGAAUGAUCAAGGGGCAUUUGCCAUUGAUAACAUCACAGGGGUUAUCACUGUUGUAAAACCACUGGACUAUGAAAAUACUACAAGCUAUGUGCUCAGAACUCAAGCUGAUUCUAUGCAAGUGGCUAGAUAUAAUCUACGAGCCACCUCUAAAAGUAACACAGCUAUAGUGUACAUUGAAAUACAGGAUGAAAAUGACCAUGCUCCACAAUUUUCAAAAAAGUUUUACCUGGGAGGAGUAUCAGAAGAUGCUAGAAUGUUUGCAUCGGUGCUGAAAGUGAAGACUACAGAUAAAGACACCGGGAACUACAGUGCUAACACCUAUAAACUAAUUGUACCACCAAUUAAAGAUGGGAAAGAAGGUUUUGUGAUUGAAUUCUACAGUGGCAUCAUCAAAACAGCGAUGCUCUUCAAGAACAUGAGACGGUCUUAUUUUAAAUUUGAAGUAGUUGCAACAGAUGAUUAUGGAAAAGGGUUAAGCAGCAAAGCAGAUGUUAUUGUUUCUGUGGUUAAUCAGCUGGAUAUGCAAGUUAUUGUCUCUAAUGUCCCUCCUACAGUCGUGGAAGAAAAUAUAGAUGAUCUUAUUAGCAUUCUAGAGCGUUAUGUUCAGGAUCAAAUUCCAGGUGCAGCAGUUGUGGUGGAAUCUAUUGGUGCCAGAAGAUUUGGAGAUGGCUUCUCUGAAGAGGACUAUACCCAGUGUGACCUGAUGAUUUAUGCUGUUGACCCUCAGACAAACAGGGCAAUAUCACGUAAUGAACUGUUUAAAUUUUUAGAUGGUAAAGUGCUUGACAUCAAUAAAGAGUUCCAGGACUACAUUGGCCUUGGAGGGCGCAUAUUGGAGAUUCGAACCCCAGAUGUCGUAGCCAAUGUGAAGAAGCAGGCUCAAGCUGUAGGCUACACUGAAGGAGCUUUGCUAGCACUGGCCAUUAUUAUCAUCCUCUGUUGUAUACCAGCUAUUUUAAUUGUAAUGGUCAGCUACAGACAGAGGCAAGCUGAGUGUGCAAAGACAGCAAGGAUCCAGAUGGCAUUGCCAGCAGGCAAAUCAUCAGCCCCUGCUGCCAAUAAUCUGUAUGAAGAGCUGGGUGACAGCACUAUGCGAGGAUAUGCUCAUCCCGAGCAACAGCAAUUGCUGAGGCCAUCUCUUCUAAAACCUGAGGAAUUGUCAAUGGAGUCUGGCAUUGAUCCUGGCCAAGAGUAUUAUGGACAAGAUUAUUACAGCUAUGAGCAUGGGUAUGAACUGCCUCAGUAUGGAAGCCGGCGAAGAUUACUGUCACCAUCUGGCUUGUAUGAGGAUUAUGGAGAAGUAGUUGGUGACAAUGAUGGUGGCUUUUAUUAUAGUCCUCAUGGACCUAGCACAGAAGGAGAUGGAAGAAUGCGUGGGAGACCUCCUUCCAGGAGAGGCAGAGGGCAGGGGCCAGGCAGAGGAAGUAUAGCAGGCAGGCCUGGUCCAGCCAGAGGUAGCAUUCCAGUAGCUAGAGCUAGUCAAGGAAAGAAAAAAUUGAAGGCAGUUAUGCAGAUAAGUCGUGUGGCAGUGAGCAGCCAAAAAUCAUCUGAGGCUGCAGAGGUACCGCAUCAUUCUCCAUGGAAAAAAGCUAGAAUAUUCCCAUUGAUUCUUAAAAAAGUUAAAGGAGGGAAGGAUUCUGCAUAUGCUAAAUUGGUUUCUGCACGUCAAGUUGAAGGUGAUGACAGCAUGGUCAUUAAAGGAAGCUAUUUCCAAAAAACAACAGAUAAGCACUCGGUCACAAGAAAGCUAGACCGUGCCCUCCAACGUAUCAAUGCUGCCAGAAAGCUACAUUCGCGACAAAAAUCAGUGACUUCUUCUAUCAAAACAUCAACUGCUGAAAGUGAAAAAGAUGAGGAAGAUGAAGAUUCGGAAGUGAGUGAAUCUGAAAGAGAUGACAGCAAAUCUGGAGUUUCAAUUAGUGUAACAGCAGAAAGUGAUUCUGAAGAAAAUGAAGCAACAGAAGAUGAAGGGGAUAAAAGUUCACUAAAACCAUUUGAUGAAUCGUCUCCAAGGAGCAGUACUUCUCCCUCUCAAAUAGAUAAAGAUUACUUGAAGGUGACACUAGAUCAUGAUGAAACCAAUGAAAGCACUGUAGAUUCUGAUGAAGAAAGAAGUGAAAUAGCAGAAGACUCAGAAGAUGAAACCCAAUCUGUGUCAAAAUCUAUGGACAGCAAGCAGGAAGAGUCAGUGGAUGAGGAAGAAGAGGAAGAGGAGCUGUCGUCUGAAGAAGAGUCAAAGGCAUCUUUAAAAAGCUCAAGCAGGAAAUCAGAAAGUAGUAAUCAAGCCACUUCAUCUUCCAGCAUAAAAAGUGAAAGGAGUGAUGAUAGGACUGGACAAUCUGAAGGAGGAAGUGAAAAAAGUAGUGCAAAAUCCAGCUAUAAGUCAAUGAAAUCAAGUAUGGAAAGUGAGGCACAAAGUGCUAUUGAAGAACAGUCUGAAGAAGAGCAUUCAGAGGAGGAGGAGGAUGAUGAGGACAAUGAAAAAGACUAUACUAGUAAAGCAAGUGAUGCACUAAGUGAAGAUGAAAGGGAUAACAUAAGCGAAGCAUCUAUAUCUAGAACUUCAGUGAAAACUGAAGAGGGUCAUAGUAGGAGCAGUGAGUCAGAAGAUGUAGAAAGUGACGCAGAAAGCAACAAUGAAGACGUCGGUGGAGAAAACUCAUCUAUUGAUACACAAAGUCAAUGCACAGUAGCCAGCCAUGAAGGUGAUGCUGUGUCUCAGGCAUCCCAUGACUCUGAAGUAGAAAACUCAAAUCACAGUACAGAGAGCAAAAAACCAUCCUCUGACCAGUCAGAUGCACAAGACACUGGUCAUGGAUCUGACACGGAUAGUGAAAAAAGAAUCCAUAAUCAAUACUUUAUAUUUUCACAGUCUUCAUAUUUCUUUGAGGUUCUGGGUGCAUGUAAGGUUGUUCUGAAGCUAUUUUCCAACUCCAACUGGAUAGAAAUGGUGAGAGAGCGCUGCUACCAGCACGAGCACAUUGCUCGCACGCCUGGGAAUUGUAUUCCUCAGCUUAAGCCAGCUGGGAAAGCAGAGCUGCAUGAUGCUGGCUGUGAGUCAGAGAGGGAAGCGGCACCACUUGCUGGUGCCGGAACGAAGAGACGGAUAGAAAUGGUGAGAGAGCGCUGCUACCAGCACGAGCACAUUGCUCGCACGCCUGGGAAUUGUAUUCCUCAGCUUAAGCCAGCUGGGAAAGCAGAGCUGCAUGAUGCUGGCUGUGAGUCAGAGAGGGAAGCGGCACCACUUGCUGGUGCCGGAACGAAGAGACGCUUAAGCCAGCUAGGAAAGCAGAGCUGCAUGAUGCUGGCUGUGAGUCAGAGAGGGAAGCUGCACCACUUGCUGGUGCCGGAACGAAGAGACGGUUUAUCUCCUAUGUGCGGCAGGCUUACAAUUUUUUUGGUGUUUGUAUACAUCUGUUUGGGAGUACAGGCAAAUGUAAGCAUGGUGAGGUGCAACUCUUAUGAUGGCAUACAUACAAUUGCUAGAAAAAAGAUCAAAAUGGUUGUGGAUCGGGAAUAUGAAACUAGCUCAACUGGAGAAGAGAGUGCUCUUGAAACUCAAAAAAACCGCCUCACUCACGCAAACAUACAAAACAAUAUAAAUGGGAAUCUUUACAUUGCCCAAAAUGGGUCAGUGGUGAGAACCAGACGUUCAUGCCUUACAAACAAUUUAAAAAUGGCUUCUCCUGCAAGGCUAGGGAAGCACUUCAAGAAAUUGGACAGACUUGGAGUGACACAUGAGGAAAACAUCCAGCUGAACACUUUAUCAAAGGAGGCCUCUAUAAAACUUAACACUAGUAUAUCAUUGGCAUCUAGCACUGGCAUUGCUAAAAAUGUAUCUAAGAUUGGAGACAAUAAAUUAAAAAGCACAGAUGAGCAGGAAUCAGUUGUUGAUAAUGAAGACAUCAAAGAGCCAUUGGAAUUCCACAGUGACCAGACUCAGUCAGAUGAAGAGGAGCUGUGGAUGGGACCUUGGAACAAUCUUCACAUACCAAUGACAAAACUAUGAUAUUUUUUUAACGCUAAUUUACAAUAGACUGCACUUUGUAUGAUCACAAGAAGAAAGAAAUCUUGUAUUGUGCACAUAAAGGAUAUUACUUUUUCCAGAUUAAAUAAUACAAUGAAUUUGCACUUUUACUGAUUAGUUUUUGAUCAAAUGUUGAUUUUUUUCAAAUUUCUAUCUCUUACCUAACAUACUGCAAGUAAUUUUUAAUGCACCAUUUAA